AUGCAAGUGGGUCUCUGUCGUCCUGGUGAUUACGGCAGUGAUGUCUCACACUUUAACCUGCACAAAACAUUCUGCAUCCCCCAUGGCGGCGGAGGUCCGGGCGUUGGUCCAAUAGGCGUUAAGGCCCAUCUGGCGCCCUACCUCCCGCGACAUCCAUCCGGACCCACUUGGCUGAACAAGAGAGCCGAGGCAGUAGCGACAAGCAGUCAGGGGGCGGGUCAUGAUAAUGUCAUUACUGCGGCUCCAUUUGGAUCCGCCUCGUUGCUGCCAAUAUCAUGGUCCUACAUUCAUCUAAUGGGAGCACACGGUGGGAAAUACCUAAUAACUCCCACACCUAGUGGCCUAUGCCAUAUAUUUCAAUUUUAG